AGCCGUUUCGCUUAGUGCGCGAGCAGCGGCAGGGCGGAGCGCGGCGCGUCCGGCGGGGACGGACCGAGGAGGGGACUGCGGGCAGAGCCGCCAGCGGGGGUCGGAGCGGCCCGGCCAGCGCGUCUCGCUGCGUGCGCGGCCCCGGGGAGGGGAUGGCGGUGCUGGCCCUGGCCUUGGACGGACUCGCCAUCUUCGGGCUCAUCCUCUUCGUCGUGCUGUGGUUCAUGCACUUCAUGUCCAUCAUCUACACACGUCUCCACCUCAACAAGAAAGCAACAGACAAACAACCCUAUAGCAAGCUUCCUGGUGUCUCACUUCUAAAGCCAUUAAAAGGUGUAGAUCCUAACCUCAUCAACAAUUUAGAGACCUUCUUUGAACUGGAUUAUCCAAAGUAUGAAGUGCUCCUGUGUGUACAAGAUCAUGAUGAUCCAGCCAUCGAUGUGUGUAAAAAGCUCCUUGGCAAAUACCCAAAUGUUGAUGCUAGAUUGUUUAUAGGUGGAAAAAAGGUUGGCAUCAACCCAAAAAUUAACAAUUUAAUGCCAGGGUAUGAAGUUGCCAAGUAUGAUCUCAUAUGGAUCUGUGACAGUGGAAUCAGAGUAACACCAGAUACCCUAACUGAUAUGGCCAAUCAAAUGACAGAGAAAGUUGGUUUGGUCCAUGGUUUGCCCUAUGUAGCAGACAGACAGGGCUUUGCUGCCACUUUAGAACAGGUAUAUUUUGGCACUUCACAUCCCAGAUCAUAUAUUUCUGCCAAUGUAACUGGCUUCAAAUGUGUAACAGGAAUGUCUUGCCUGAUGAGAAAGGAUGUAUUAGACCAAGCUGGAGGACUGAUUGCUUUUGCACAGUACAUUGCUGAAGAUUACUUUAUGGCCAAAGCAAUAGCUGACCGAGGUUGGAAAUUUGCAAUGGCCACACAAGUUGCAAUGCAAAACUCUGGUUCAUAUUCCAUUUCACAGUUUCAAUCCAGAAUGAUCAGGUGGGCCAAGCUGCGAAUUAACAUGCUGCCUGCUACGAUAAUUUGUGAGCCAAUCUCUGAAUGUUUUGUUGCCAGUUUAAUUAUUGGAUGGGCCGCUCAUCAUGUUUUCAGAUGGGAUAUAAUGGUAUUUUUCAUGUGUCACUGUUUGGCAUGGUUUAUAUUUGACUACAUUCAGCUAAGGGGCGUCCAGGGUGGUGCUCUGUGUUUUUCAAAACUUGAUUAUGCAGUAGCUUGGUUCAUCAGAGAAUCCAUGACAAUAUACAUUUUCCUAUCUGCCUUAUGGGACCCCACUAUUAGUUGGAGGACAGGACGCUACAGAUUACGCUGUGGAGGCACUGCAGAGGAAAUCCUUGAUGUAUAGCCCCAGCUUUGUGACUGUAUUUCAAAAAGAAAAAAAAAAAGGAGGAAAAAAAAGUAUUAUAAAUUAUGUUUAUAUAAAUGCUUUUAAAAAAAUCUACCUUCAAUAGUUUUAUUACUUGUAUGUUUUGGUAUUUGUUCUUUAAUUUAUUUUUGCAUGGCACUUGCAUCUGUGAAAAAAUACAUCUGUAGUUUUGGCCAAAUGGUACCUUCUUUUUUUAUGUACAAAAGGAAAUCAAGAGAAUUGGUCCCAGGAUCCAUUUUCUUUAUGAAUGUUCUGCAGUAAACUCUCUAAAGACAGUAUCCUUCAGUACAGGAAAAGCUUCUUGCUCUGUGGUACGCUAUCUCAGUAAAUUGAGAGGUAAAAUGGCCUUUGUCCAUUGGAUUGCAGCACACUGGAGAGUAACAUCACUACAGAAGUACAACAGGCUUCUGCAGCAUUUGAAAGAUGGCGCUAGUAGCGGAACACUAGGAGAGAAGUCCUUAGAUGCUUCAUGCCUACCUCUUGUAGUUGCUGCAGAGCAAAUAUAAAUUAAUAGAUAACUAGGCCUUGCAAAAAACAAAAGCUGGAGUCUUGUAUUUAUAUGUAUAUAUUAAAACUAUUUUUUUUGUCUCAUUGCAAUGAACCAAAAGUGGGCUGAGUUGAUAGCCAUGUGUUGAGGGCAUCUUUUGGCCAACUCUGAUUGGUUCUGUCUUGAACCAUUGUUAUCACUGUGCUGUAAUUAGCCUAGCUAAGCCCUUUCAUCAAUCCCGUCCUCUUCAAGGAGGUUUUUGUUUCUGUGGGUGAAUGUUUUGAUAAUUGUGUGUGUGUGGGGGGAAAUGCAUUUCAAAAACAUUUCACACAUGAGCUAUUUUCUUACACAAUGUCUUAUUGUUAAUAAGAAUGUAAUUUCAUGAUGCAGGUAUUUAAUAUCUUUUUUUAAGUGAGCAGAUAAUAUACCUAUACUAGUCAUGAAUAAAUAUUAAAUUGCAGUAGAUAUUGUGAGUAUAUUAACGGGCAGGAUGAAUUUGCUGUUACUGAUUACAUUGUAACCUUAAUUUAACUAAGUCUACACUCUUGGCUUUUUGCCUUCUACUGUUAGUCUAGUCUUUAAAUUGGAUUUUUUUGUAUUCCAAUGGUAUGAUUAAGGACUAGAUUAUAACCAAGUUGUAAAUGCAUGCUGUACUCUUUCCCUCUCUGCUCCUAUGAGCCUGUUUUCCACCCUCAUUAUGAGAUUGUUCUUAACUUGUGGUGAACUGGACUUGUUUGGUUUUUUGUUUUAAAUAUUUAAAAACAAAUUUAAAACCGUACAAAGCAAAAUUGGAGAGGGACAUUGCAUAAGCCUUAUGGUUUUUUAUAACUGUAUACCGCUUCUUCCUGAGAAUGGGAUGAAUGUCUGCUGCUAAAUGCAGGGCUAGCAUUGUCACUAUGGCAGCUUUAAAUCCUAAUUUAUACGCCACGCCUAUGUCAAAGCAUAAUGUGUAGCAUAUUAGCAAUAAUUAUAUGUAUUUAUAAAAAAUGGACAAUUUUUCACUUUACUGAGCCAAUCCAUUACUUGUCUAUCUGAUAUACGUGUGUGUGUGUGUGUGUGUGUGUGUACAUAUUCUGGGGCAAAAUGCUUCACCCAGCUUCAUAUUCUUUUGCCUUAUGACAUCACUGAAUUUGUUUUUGAAGGGCAUUUUUUCUACAUGAAAACAAAGGCUUUUUGAUGCAUGUUCCAUUCUUUACAUGUGAAUCAGGGAGAAACUCUUCCUGAGGAAAGGUGCACGCUGAAAACCAGUCUAGUUGUGACCCACUAAAAGGUUGCUUUUUUAAAUCACUACUACACAGCUGAAUUUUGCUGACAAUGUGUAUAUUUUAUUUGUUUCAUGAAGUUUGGUUGACGCCAUUCAUUGCACUGCUAAAGUGAAGCCGAGCUUGUUACUUAGCUUUAUGCUGUUCUCCAUGUGGGCAGUGUUAAAGAAAAACCAAAAAGGCUGAACAGACUUCAUUUUUUAAAAAGUUUGUAGGUGUGAAGAAUAACUGUGUUGAUGUGCUUUUUGCAUUGGUGGAGCCUUCAUCACUAAAAAAAGAUGAUGCUUCAUUUAAGCAAACACUUGAUUUCUUGUAUUGUUAGAAAGUUGAGUUGAUGAAAUGGAAACCAAUACUUUUGAGUACUGCAGAGGGCACCACAACAGAAUUGCAUAAAAGUUAUGGUUAAAUGUGGUUAGUUUUAAAAGUCUUGAUCAACAGAAUAUACCAUGUUUAUUAUUUAAAAUCAUUGUCCUGUUUUGUUUAAAAAAAUAAAUUUUGAAUAAAUCAAAUGUUUGGAAUAUAAAUCUGUUUUUACUUUAUUCAGCUGAACUAACGUUGCCUUAAAAACACGCACACACAAAAAACUUGUGUUAAUUACCAGUAGUUGUCUUGCUGUAAAAUAAAAAUAUAACUUUAAUUCAUA